AUGUUGACUGGCUAUGCUAAUCGACCAACAAAACCCGAAUUGAAACGUUUACCAUCCAGUGAUGAGUUAAUGGCAUACAGUAAUUAUUUACAAUUGCAAAUAAUAUUAGAUGCACAAACAUUACUGACACAAAUUAUUUAUGAAAUUGAUUCUAUUCGCAACAUAUUUGACGAAGAAAAAGUGGAUGAAUCUCAUAUGUUUGUUAUUGUUAAUCGUUUAAACCAUUGUGUUCAAAUAUGGCGUUUAUUAGUUGAUCAAAUGGGCAUUUUAGAAACAAUAACACCUCUAGAUUUUAUGGAAUUUCGUUCAUAUUUACCACCGGCAAGUGAUUUUCAAAAUCUACAAUUUUAUUUAAUUGAAAUUUGGUUUGCACGAAUGUUAUGUGACUCUAUUCUCUAUAGUUAUAAGGCUUUGCUCUCAUCAGAGAUUGCUUGAUUGUGUAUCACCCAAUUUGAUAUGGUUUUAGAUGAAACGUUUAUUUAGAAAAUAUUGAGAUAAAGAAAAACACAGAAAAGUAAAAUCUUACAAUCUGACAGUUAGAAAGUAAACCUAUUUAUGGUUCUGAAAACAUGAUAGAAGAUGAUGAAAAUGCGACGAAAUAAGAUGAUGAUGUAUGAAACGAAAUGAUGCAAUGUAGCAUCUUGUAUAAGGAAAUCUAAUU